AGCUGUGUCCAAUCACAGCUGAUCACAUGGGACAUGUACACAGAUCAUCAGGGCACUGAUGAUCAGUGUGCCCUGAUGAUCAGUGUAGCACCAGCAGUGCCACCUGUCAGUGCUCAUCAGUGCCACGUGCCACGUGCCAGUGCCCAUCAGUGCUGCAUCAAUGCCACAUAUCAGUGCCCAUCUGAGCUGCCUUUCAGUGUCACCCAUCAGUGCCAGUCAGUGCCACCUAUCAGUACUGCCAAUCAGUGCCACCUAUCAGUUCCAGUCAGUGCCAUCUAUCAGUGCCCAUCAGUGCCACCUAACAGUGCCAGUCAGUGCCACCUAACAGUGCCACCUAUCAGUGCCAUAUAUAUCAGUGCUGCCUUUCAGUGCCCAUCAGUGAUGCCUGUCAAUGCCCAUCAGUUCCACCUACCAGUGCCUCCUCAUCAGUGCCCAUCAGUGCCACCUAUCAGUAUCUAUCAGUGCAGCCCAUCAGUACCCCAUCAUUGCAGCCUCAUUAGCGCACAUCAGUGAAGGAGAAAAAUCACUUAUUUACAAAAUGUUAUAACAAAAAUUAAGAAAUGUUUUUUUUCAAAAUUUUCAGUGGUUUUUGGUUUGUUUAAGAAAAAAAUAA